AUGGCGCCAAUGAAACGACUUUCGAACCAACGCGAUGCAAUAGCGCAAAAAAGCGAUUUCGACUCCGUUGUCAAAGAGUUUCUCGAGCUUUCAACGCCAAUAUAUAAGCGCGAUCCAGCCCCGAAAUCAACUUUGCAUCUUGAAGAGAAGUGGGAGGAAAUCCCUCCGUCGGCACACGGCCAGGUAGCCAGGAUAGCAGCCUUCGCAGCCGCAGGAGAUCCAUCAACAACACCUGCAAUCGAAGGAUCCCACCUCUCCGAAACCUCACCAUCCACUCGUGCACUCCCGCGACAAUACGCCGAAACCUCCACAAUCCCAGCUUACUACGGUGCACUCUACUCGAGUCCGUCUCCAGGAGCCGUGGUGGGCAUCACCCUCGGCGCUGUCGCCGGCUUCAUCCUGAUCCUCUUCCUCAUCUACACAUGCAUCAACCUAGGCGGUUACUCAGCAGCGAUCAGCGAAUCCGGAGGAACCGCGUCGGUAGUGACGCGGCGGAGUCGGCACCACUAUCGCUCUUCACAACACAGCGAAGCUGGCGGUGGUGUCCGCGGUGGCAUGUACAAACAUCGGAGGAGCAGCAGGCGCCGAUCACGGUCUACGUCCUCGGCUGGUGACGGGGGAGAAACGGUGGAGAUCCGCAGGACCAAAACAAGCCGUACGGAUCGCCGGGGUAGGUCUGGCGAUGCUCACAGACGUGGACAUGGCGACGGUAUUAUCCUGGAGGAGCGGCACCAAUCGCGGCCGAUGGGACAGGGACAUGGCCAUGGACAAGCGGUUGCGGAGCGGAUUGUAGUCGAGGAGAGGAGGAGGGGCAGGAGGAGGCAAUCGAGGACGGCGAGAUCACGGUCACCGCCGGAAAGAGGGCCGAUUGUGGUGGAAUCCUCGGAGCCUUCGCAUCCUCAUGAGAGAGAGAGGAUUGUGGUUGAGGAGGAUGUGAGCAGUGUGUCAUCGCCUCCCGGGCCGCCGAGACGGAGGAGGAGCUCAGGAUAUCGCGACAUUCGGCCAGGUGAGUUUGCGGGCGGGGAUGAGCCGUUGAGGGAGAUAAGGAGGUCGAGGAGUAUUGGUCGACAUGGGGAGUGAUGAGGAACGAGGCUUUGUGUGACACGAUACGACGAAGGGGGCGAUGCAUUGUUAUGUAUCCUGCUGGAUGGUCUAGGCUUGGAAAUAAUGAACUUUCAAGUGAUGAAGUUCUGCAACGGAUCCAACUUGUUUCGAGAGAUUGGAUAAAAGCACGCACUGAGACCCGUAUGAGAAAUAUUGGAUACUGUGCACUCCAGACUCUUGGCUGAACACGAUCUUGGGAGAUUGCCAAUACUUCGAGUCCUUAGGAUUUCAAUCUUGUAUAUUUCCUGUAUUCUCCGUCAUGUGCCAUAUGUGCAGUAUGUACAUCAUGGUUGCGGGGAGUUGUAGCCUUCGAGUGGAGUGGAACAUUUGAAUCGAUAUUGCGGGUCUUGAGCGCCUCACCUAUCUUUCACCUGCUCUUG